AUGAAGCGCGACGAGGAAGCACAGAAGCUAGGGGAGGCCCGCGGCGGGCCGGAGGACCGCGUGGAUGUGCCGCCGGUGAAGAAACGAAACGUGGGCACCAGGGCUCUGAGAGCAUGUGAUAUGUGUCGCCAUCAGAAGACGCGAUGUUUCCCCAAGCCCGAUGGACCCGGGUGUCUGCGAUGCCACGUGCUCAACACAACGUGCUCGUUCAUCGACAGCGACAAGGAUGACUUUGAUGCGUCGCAAAACCAAAAACAGUUCCCCAAGGUGCCGGACGAGGUCAAUGCGCGUCUGGACCGAAUGGAGAAGACCAUGGAGAGCAUGAUGGAGAUGAUGAAGGAGCUCAAGGACAAUAACAACAACAGCAGCAACGGUGGCAGGCGGCCGACAUCGGUGGCGUCAGCAGGACGACUCACGCGGGCAACAACGGCCUUUUCACCCGCAACAGCAGCAGACUUCAAUUACAGAAACGUGAUCGCUUCGUUCGGCACCCCAGCCGUUCAGUACGUGACGUCUCCUUUCCAGAUUAUCGCCGGUAUUCUGCCCGAAAAACACAUUCCACUGCCUGUCCAGCGGCUCAUGAACCCGCAGAUGGUGCUCCAUGACCAGGACGUCAUUUCUAUGGAUAUUGUCAGUGAAGCCAUGGUGCUACGAUUCCUGCAAGAGUUCCGACAAAACUGCGGACGAUGGGUCUCGUUUCCCAUGGAUCUGCCGGCAGACCAGCUGCUUGUGCGCAUCCGACAGCGAUGUUCUCUUCUGCUGACUGUCGUUUGCUGUGUUUCACUGAGAUACAAUCCCCAUAUGGCCGAAUACAAGUCCAAGGUGUACCCUCUUCUGCUCAACAAACUACAACAGGAACUGACAGCAUCGCUUCUGGUAGUGCCACAGACGAUCGAAUUCAUGCAGGCUCUGACCCUGCUGUCAAUCUACGGUCUGUCGCUUUCAGCCAAGGAAUUUGUGAUUGAUUCAUGGUUCAUCUCGUCGGUAGCUCUGCAGCAUUUCAUCACCAAGGACGCCCUUGGUCUGGUCAUGUCUGCGGAUGGAAUCUCGCCCGUGACGGAGUUUGACGAGGUCACCACCUACCGAGUGUGGAACCAUCUGUGUCUGGCACACCUGGUCAACUGCGUCAUGACUGGAAGAAUGUGCAUUCUCGACGAAAUCCGGCUGGACCAGUGCCGUCGAUCUCUGGAUCUUUCUUCCGCUACUAACUUUGACGGCCGAAUGAUAGCCGAAAUCUCCUUCCAGCUCAUUGUCUACAACUUCAUCGAGACGCUGCAGCCAUUGCAAACGUUCGAGGACGAGCUGGCCCAGUGGCUGGAAGAGUGGGGGUACCUGUUUGAACAACCAACGACCCAGUUCACAGAAAUGGGUUACCAUUAUGGCUAUCUGGUGGUGCUCUACCACUCUCACUACCGAUCUUUGUAUCUCAAGAAGAAGAGUCAAAAACCUACUAGUGGAGGAGUGGAUCUGAACAAUGAUAAGCGCGGCUUCACGUCGUUACUGGAGCUCACAGAACUGUCUGAUUCCGUCUUUGAUCCCUUUGCUCUGGGCCUGGUAUCGGACGACCCUCAAUUCACAGUCGUUAGCGAUGUCCUAGAGGAAGUCAACCUAUCUACACUCUACAAAAUGGCCUCUCUGGGACGAAAAGUCAUCGACGGUUUGCUCAAUGUGGCUGAUGACGAGUACUUCAGACACCUGUCGGACCAGCUGCACUUUAGUGGAGUCUUCACAGGUCUGCUGCUGUGCAGAAUGAUGUCUGUGAUCAGAGAUAGACAGGCCAACAAGAAGCCCAACUCGGCUUCCGACGCCAAAGAGGCCUCGGAAACACACUUCCAGACUGUGGCUGACGUGGACGUCUGGAUCAGAGAAAUGCUCAGCAAGGUCGUGGCGUUGUCAAAGCGUUUCCAUCAAAACACAAGCCUCGACACUGAUCUAGUCAAGAAGUACGCCCUGGCUCUCGAUGAGAACAUUGCCUUGUUAACCAACACCGUUGAUGUUUCCUAUGGCUAG